AUGGCACAAUCCCUUUCAUCCCACUACAUCAUCACUAAGGACGGCGCUCGGUUGAGUUACUACAGCAUCGGAAAUGGGCCAGGACUCAUCAUCCUGCAUGGAUCUGCUGGCUAUGCGCUCACCCAUCAGGAGCUCGCGCUUAAGCUUAGCCCAUUUUAUACUGUGUACCUCCCAUCUCGAAGGUGUCGCGGCCUGUCUGACCCAUACCCGGAGUCUCUCGACAGAGACGGUCCACUUGUGGAACACAAGGACAACGAUGAUCCAGAUCAAAAUUCCCACAUGAUUCGCAUCGGAGAAAGGAGCUACCGGGAAACCUAUCGGCCAAGCUUUAAAUCAUCGCUGCUAGAGGUGGAAGUCUUUGAUUUGGAGUCUCUCAUCGCAAGCACCGGGGCAUCGUAUCUCAUCGGUGUCUCAAGCGGCGCGUUGAUUGUUCUUCACUCUUUGCUCAGCGCCGAGACUCUUCCUUGGAUCAACCAGAUCCAGAGAAUAAUCCUCUUCGAACCCCCUCUGAUCUGUAGCGAUGUUCACCCGUCACUUGACGUCAACGGAAUUGGCCAAUAUGAGCGUGAUCUUGCCGAAAAAGGGGAAGUGAGCGCUUUGGUUACGGCCAUGUACACUGUGCAGCUGGGACCCACGUGGAUCCCAAGAAGGAUCAUGGAGGUUCUGGCUUGGAUUGGAUUCACAAUCGCUGGACGAUCUGGAAAAGGCCCCAAGGGACCAAACGGAGAGGAUCUUGGAAAAUGCACGCUGAAGGAUAUGGCACAUAUAAUUCGCUAUGACUUUGCCGUCGUGGAGGGGAUGAUACAGGACUCAAAGAACUUUCAAGCUUUGAACAGCCGUGGAGAGAAAAUCAUGCUACUUCAAGGAGAGAAAACCAUGGAGUAUAUGAAGGAGGCCAUGUCAAUUUUGAGGAAGUCUGCCCCCAACACGACCCACCUUGAUAUUCCUGGGGUUGGCCAUGAACUUCUUGUCAACUCGGAUAUGAGAGGUCGGCCGAAAAGAGCUACUACGAUUAUUAAAGAAUUCUUUUCUCCCCAUGCCAGUAACUAA